AUGUCUCCAAUCUCGCCUCAACCGCAGGACACUCGUCCGAGGGCCCAGACAAAUGUCAGCUAUACCUCACAUCGUUCCCGCCGAAGCAGCGGUUCAGGUCACAGAAUCGAGUUGACCGAGAGUGCACAAGACAAAAAGAGAUUGAAUACCAAGGCAGAUCCGUCAAAGGCCUUGAACGAAGCCACUCCAGCGGAACAAGCACAAGAACAACCGACUGUGGAGGACCUACGGUUGAUCAUGCACAAAGAUGCUGAAGGCAAUGUGAUAACCGACCCUGAUCGGUCCAAUCCCACCAGAAGUCGCAUGGAGAGACCACUAGAUACCAUUCGAGCAUUCAAUGCCGCAGCUGAGGGUACCAGCUCCCGCCGCUCCUCUUUCAACAACAGACCACCGUCUCAAAUUGGUUGGAAUAAUGACAUGAAUCGCCGAGGAAGCUAUUAUUCAAGUGAGUUCAUUCAUCGGCAUGACUCCUCAAGCGUCUUCAGGACUAACUUUUCUUCAGACAACGGGUACUCACCUCAACGCCAACGACCAGCUCCAGGCGGCGGUUACUACCGCAAUAGCUCCUAUGGUUUUGGGCCUCAGAGCUCAGUCGAAGAAGAACCUGGCGCAGCACAAAUGCACGGCCGAGGCAUGCGCCAGUUUUCAGCCCCGGAAUAUGCGCACCACAAUGGGUACCAGAACGGCCAACAGAACGGCUACCAGAACGGACACCAGCAUGGACCUCAUCCUGCAUAUGCGAACGGUCACCAGAAUGGCUACCCUAGCAAUGGCCAGAACAACCACAGCCCCAAUUCGGCGCAUUCAUACCAGCACUCGCAUGAGACCAUAACCUCGGGUUCUGAUGAAUAUAGCAAAUCCACCAAUCCUAGUUCGCAAAACAGUUCAUUUGAUCAGCUACAUCAGCUUCGAAAACAUGACGAUUUCACUCCCGAGAAUCCGUACGCCAAUGACAUCAAGUUCAAUCAGUACACACCUACGAAACCCUUCUCCGAUGGAUUCACGCAAGGCAGUCCAUAUGGUCCGGGUGCUGUCCAGGCACCUCUACCGACCAACAAUGGCUACUCGGUCCAGAAUAACCGGCAGCCAAUGAAGCUCAAUUCUCCCAGUGGAGACGAUUAUGGUGACAGACCUACUCCCCCACCCAAAAGGCAGAGUUGGAUCAAACGUCGAUUCAGUCGUCGGGAAACCUGA